AUGUGGUCGACGGCCGCUUUUGUCGGCAACGCGACCUUGAGCUACCUCAAUGGCACACGGGGCGCGGGGGACACGUGGUACGCCAACUCGCUCGCGAAUUUUCUCGUGUUUCUCUGCGUCGAGAUGCACGACGCGUCCGACUUGGACCGGUGCGUACCGUCGACAAGCGCCUACGCUGCAAAAAACGCCUCGUCCGGCAUCUGCCUUGCCCUGCACGACGAGGGCAACUGCUUUGCUCAAAACCUCUGCGAGCGGCGCGAGAGCUGCAAGUGGCCGCUGCUCACGGACGAAAUCUCGGUGCGAGUGCCGCUGUUUACCGACGCCGACGCGGUUGUCGCGACCCAAUGGGUCCGAAAGAGCUACCCGAAGACGCUGUAUCUCUACACGGUGCCAGGUCUCUUGGUGGCCGCCGUUCUGGUCCUUUCGACGUGGACUUUUUGCGUCAUGCGCUUUGGGUGCAACCGCUGCUGGGGGGCGACGCCGAGCCGUCACGGCUACACGUGGCUCGAGCGCUGGGGGCCCAUCGUCGUCUUUCUCUGGACCACGUGCUUUCUCAUCGCCUGCGCGGCGAUCGCGCUGGCCCAAGGCGUGGCAUUCCAAGACGCCGCGCAAUCGAUUGCAGGUAGCACGAACGCCACCAUGACGCAGCUCGCCACCGUGCGCACCGACGCAUUCGUGCCAUUUGAGGCGCUCCAAACAGCACUGCCAAACGUGUCGAGGAGCGACGUGGCGAUGGCCCUCGCCCCGGCUGCGCGCCCCGGGAACUGGACCAACGUCGUCGCUAGCAUGGAAUCAUUUACCGAUGCGUACCGCGAUGCUGGCGAGUACCCCCUUUACGCGUGCUCGCGGUCCCCCGACGCACAUUUGGUGCCGACAACGACCUCGUGCACGGCGUGCCCCGAGGUGGUGUGCGGUGACAUCAACGGAAGUCUCCAGCGUAUCCUGGACGAUACGGCGCCGAUCGCAUUGACGCCGCCCCUCACCACACUUCUCGAGCCGUCGGUCAAUGCGUCGUCAACGUUGGAUCUCGGCCGCUUGCGGGCGCCGUUGGACUCGAUCCGCAGUCUUGCAGCAGCGUACUAUACCUCGACGUACCCACGCCUUCUUCACGGCUUUGACGUGCUCGAGUCCCUUAGCGUUCGCGCGCUGCAGGCCACGCUCGGACUCGGGCUCGUCUCGAGCGCGCUCGGUCUGGUUGGUAUUUUUGCCGGCCUUGUGUCGGGCUCGUCACGCCUCGUGCAUCUUUUGCACGGCAGUUGGAUGACCGGUGUCGUCUUCUCGUUCCUUGGCCUUGUGCUCGGCACCUAUUGCCUCGUGCUCGCCGUCGUCGGCCUCGACCUCUGCACGUACUUUUCGCUCAUGAAAUCCGAGCCCAAUCGGUACCUCCCGUCGGCCGGCGCGACGAUCGUGGCGCAGUGCCUCGGGGAGCGCACUUACGAGACAGCGUUCCCAGAGCUGCGUCCGCUAGCCCAGUGGACGUGCGAGGGCCACGCGAUCCUCGAGUCCUUUGCGCUUAUCAACUUGAGCCAACCCCUUGAAGCUGCCGAGGCGUACAGCGCCCGCCUCCAAUCGUUUCGACCGAGUACGACGUUCGGGUACACGAUGUCGGAGCUCCUGCGGCGGAUCGCGGCGCUCGCGGUGGCGACGACCAAGGCAACGUGGACGCCGACGCGGCUCCUCUCGCCGUGGCAAGUCUACGGCAGCGCGUUGGACCCGACGCCCUGCACCCAACUGCAGCCGCCCGAUGUGAGUCCGCUUUGCUUUAUGGCGCUCCAAUGCCACGGCACCAACACGACGUGCUACACGAGCUUUGAGCGGGCGUACAGUCUCAAGCGGCUCGAUGUGGACGCCACCGCGCUGCUCGCCAGCAUGACGUCAACCUACGUCAGUGGCCCCAAAGCGCUGUAUGCGGCAUAUGCCACAACCACGGCGAGCAGUCGCACGGCUUAUGUGCACGCGAUUGCGACCAACUCGUCGCUGGGGGCGUCUUUGGCCGCGGGGCAAGCGCUCGCCUGUGCACCGAGUCUGCGCUGCGCCACGUUUCAAGCCCAAGCCGCGACGCUCGAGGCCGGGCUGUGCCACAGUACACUCGAGUUUCUCGCACUCUGCAGCGCACUCUUGUUUGCGGCGACUGUGUGCCAUUUGGCGCAGGUCCUUGCCGCGAUUUUGCUUCAGAAACGCUUGCGCGGCCAAGAUCUCCACGAGAUGGCGCGGCGAAAGCAGCAGGCUGCCGUGGCGACAUGCACGGAUACUUGUAGUACCAUCCGCAAGCAGUAAUCUCACACGUACACACAUUACGG